AUGAGCCGGUCACAGGACGUAAAGCGCAAGGCGGCGUAUCCACCGCCGCCGGCUUACGCAACAUUACGUACAAACGUGCCUUCUUUUUCUGCCCUCCAGACCUCCGCACGAGUGAAUGCUGCCGGGGGACUGGACGGCAGUGGAACACCGCGACAGAGGCAACGGGCCGCAGAGCGUCUGCUCUUGCAGCAGCAACUACAAGCAGAGGGUGUGGUGAAGGCCAAGAGUGAUGUGCACUCCAAUUAUGGUCAUCACGGCAGAGACUCGGCUGUUUUUAUGGUUGCAGCAAAUGACGCACGGAGUCGUGUAAGCCACCCCACCCCGGGGUUAUCUAACUCUGAAUCCAUUUUCUCGUCAGCAGCCCGGCCUGCGUCCGUCUCUUCAACGCUACCUUUUGGCUUGGCGUCUGUUGUAGUGCAGAGGGUGAAGGUGCCGGAGGGACACGGGUCUAACCAACCUCCGACGUCGCAACCAUUGCGACGGACUUCGAUGGCGCGCAUCACUUCUUUACGGCCACCCGCACGCCUCCACGCGCACUCCCCACCAGUGGUGGCUCCAAAAGUGGGCCCGCGAGACUCCCUGGCGAGCGGUGUGACUACAGCUGGACGAGUUUAUGCCGCCUCAACCUCGCCUCCGUUAUCUGCAAGCGCUGAGGCUGCCUCUGCACGCGAGGCACACCCCUGCGAUGCAUCCGUGCCACGCAGAAACCGUAAUCGAAAUGCUUUACUCGCUACGGGAAUCUCGCCACGCCCACAUUCGGGUGUGGCAGUACAGGGCAGCAGCAUCAACAGCUGCAGCUCGCAGCGCAGUCUGCAACACGACACACCCAGCUUUAUCACUGUGGCUCGGCACCGACCAAACAUGGCGCCGGUUAUGCUACCCACACAGCAGCUGCUGGAGAGCGGCUACUACGUGGCCUCCGACGAGAGCGCAAACUCGAGCUUCUCCGACACGCCACAAUCGGCGCGACGCAUCUCUCUGACCAGCAGCUCCUCUCUGCGUACCACAACGCAGCGACUGGACGUGAACAGCGGCGGUGCUGUUGGUGAAGGCGGCUCGGCCACGGUGGCGACUGGCGCCUCCCUACCCGGCGUCCGCAGUCUCCGUGAUAGCCGAGAUCCCAACUGUAGUGGCCGAGGAGGCUGCAGUGACGACAACAGCGACAGCAGAUUCGAGGAGGAAAAAGACGUCGGCAACUUUGAUGAGGAGAAUGAGGAACAGGCGGUGCUGACUUACAUGGACUCCGGGGUAGAGGGGAGUCGUGCGAGUGGACCUCCCUCAUCGAACAAGGCACCACCACCGCCGUUGGCGCGUCAGGGAGCGUUGCCAGCGGACAAGAUAGGUAACGGGACCGGCGGCAACCUUGGGGACUUCAACGUGAGCGUUGAGGUCGGCGACACGGACUACGACAUCGGCGAGGAUCCGCGGAGCCGCAUGUCUGCCAGUUCGACGCUACAGCUGCACCGUCGCGGCACAUCAUCACAGCGCAACGUGACCUACUCAGUGCGUGGCUCUGCGGCGGCUGAUUGGAAUGCUCCAACGCAGACGCACCAGCCAAUCAGCAGCAGUAAAGCGAGCGGCGCACCGCCUGGAGCGACUGCGACUGCGCCAACCAAGUCAACAGCAGCCACUGCCGUGUCAAGUAUGCUCUCACAGCAGCACUCGACUGGUCACGCGCCGCUAGGGUCCACGCCUUCCCAGCACUUUGUGUCGUGCUCAUCGCACCUGCAGUCGUCGUCCACGUAUGAAGAAGAGCUCCGCGAACGGGAGUGCAAGCAGCUUAGCCUCCACGAGGCGUUCUUUCUCAACCGAAGCCGCAGUAUGUGGCUCGUCGAUGAUCACGUUUUGGCCAAGGUUCUGGAGUACGUGCGGAUUAUGGGGUACGAGCACCCCGCCUUGAAACACGACCGUAGCAAAGGCCAACCAUCGCUCUGGAGUAGCAGCAGCGCCAUCGACUCUCCCAUCGUGCUGGGCAAGCCGAAGAAGGCGACUUCAGCCUCAUCUCCCUUAGUGGUAGGUACGAGGAACGUGAACCCGCAGGUGACACAGGACAUGCACAAGUCGCCGUCGUCUGCCACCGCCGUGGUCACGGAGGAGGCUCUCGCACAAUCAAGCAGCGCAAACACCCCAUUCACUCUGCCCACAGCUGCUGGCGGUGCUUCCGAGUCCGCAGCGUUCGUAACAACGCAGUUCUACUUAAAGGCCGGCAAGCCCCGUUGUGCUGGGCAGUACGUGAAGACGUCCAAGGCGGCCGCUGCAACACACUUGUUUCUCACCUUCAGUGAGGCCAUGCGGUGGAUUGCGGAGCAGGAGUACGUUAUCGGCACUGUGCUCUUGUGUUGUGCGCGCUUUAUCGGUGAUGCAAACACCGACGGCACGGCGACUACCGGCGACACCGUGGUCGACACUGCAGCGAGGCACCAACGCCGUACAAUGCUGCAGCGCCGAAAGCCAUGCAUCCCUCUGCGGCUCCACCCGAUCCAUUUUGUGGCCUCGCUUGUGUGCUCGUGGUUCCCGCAGUGGGGUGGCAUAUCAGCCUUCGCUCGUGCCUGGGAGACGCAGAUCCGCCUGGUCCUGGGCAGCGCGUCGCCAUCGCACCAGCGCUUCUUCAAGUGCCCUGACGACGGCCUCUUACUUAGCUCCGACUGCGAGGGGGGGAACCUGUACCGGGUGGAGCGCACGGCUGAACCGUACUGCUUUCUAAUUUGGCUGGAGCCGGAUCAAGGGAGCGACAAGCGAAUUUGGUUCUACUUCUCUGUGGUGGGGGCGAAGGAGGGGCGCAGGCUUCGGUUUCGGCUCAUGAACGCGGCACCGCACGUGAAGUUGUACCGACAGAACGGGAUGAUGCCAGUGUGGCGUGAUGGGCUGAGCCAGCCAAACUGGGGGCCCGUGGACUCGUGUUCCUUUCGCACAACAAACCGGGACUUGGACGGCGAAGUGUCCUUCUCAGUGACCGCCCGCAACUCCACGGAAACGAUCCAGAUCGCCUUCUGCGCACCGUACACGUACGCCAACUUACUCUGCCACAUAUGCCACUGGCACGCCCUUGUCAAGAGCAGUGCGUGCGACAUGCGAUUUGAGGAACGGGUGCUAUGUCGGAGUCCGGAGGGGCGAAAGCUUCAUUUGCUCAUUGUGACCAGCCGCUCCAGCUGCGUACCAGCAUCAGCGGCGACCGAGGAUAAAAAGAGCACUGCGGACGCAACGGUUUCCGGAAGCCAAGGCGACGCUGGCCAGAGUGGCGAUGGCUUGGUGACGACAGGUGGCAGCUCGUCCAGUGACUGGACAUCCCCUGCCAUCGGGAGCCCUACCACGACAACCCCAUCCGGGAAAGGCAAGGGCGGUGCCGCAAAAGAAGCGGUGCGCGGCCCAUACGCCAAUUUUGCCUCUGGCAAGAAAGUUGUACUUGUCAGUGGACGUGUGCACCCUGGCGAGGUGACAGCGUCGCACGGUGUCCACGGCCUCAUAUCUUUCCUGCUCUCCAGCGACGCUCGUGCGAUCCAGUUGCGUGAGCACUUUAUCUUCUUCAUUGUGCCGAUGCUCAAUCCCGACGGCGUCAGCCGCGGUCACUCCCGCAUGGAUCAGUUCGGCAACAACCUAAACCGCUGCUACAAUGACCCAGAUGCGGAGACUCAGCCAACAGUGCUCGCGCUGCGGCGCGUGUUCGAGCACUUGCAGCAAGCGUAUCGCGAGCGCUUCAUCAUGUACCUCGACUUCCACUCCCACGCCUCGCAAUCCAGUGGCUUCAUCUUUGGCAACAAUCUGCCCGUGUCAGUGCAGCACUGGAACCUCUUCUUUCCGCGAUUGGUGGAGCUGCACGCGCGUCAUGUGUUUGCCUUUAGUCUCUGUCGCUUCGGUCGCGUGCAUAUGACCACGAAGGAUGGGACCUCGCGGGUGCUGUUCGGUAGCAGUCUCAUCCACAGCUACACAGUAGAGCUGACGCACUUCACGGACCGCCGCCUCUACGCGGACGAUUUCACAGCGAUGAACAACGGCAGCAACGUACUUUUUGAGGUGACGUGGCCGCCACUACACCGGUCGGCGGGGCAGGCCUGCCCCGCCGACGAGGACGCCGACGGCGCGCAGGCCGCGACGAACGGCGCCGCAGAGAGGUCGGGCAUCUCCACCCCGUCCUGUGCACGUGGCGUCGGCAAGUGGUCUGGCUCGUCGCUCCCCGGCCGCGGGCGGACAUGCCGGUCGAACUCUGAGGGGGCGGUGGGUUAUCCCACGAGUGGCUCCCUGCCCAGGCAGUGCCCCGGCGCCGCCGUGGGGAGUCACAAGCAUGGUGGCUGGACCCGGGUCGGCGAGCACCGCAGUGGCCAGUCUUCUGCUUCUCAAACUGGCAGUGCCAUCGCGCCGCUGUUUCUGCAACCCAUCUCCACUCCCACUAUCCUUUGUCAGAGUGCGGAGGUAGGGCAGGCGUGCCUGUUGGCGCUGCGCGACUACUGCUCCAUCGGGGCCCGUCCGUCGCCGGAGCUGACGAUGGUUGGCGGCAUGGAGGCCGUGCUGCGUGAUUCGAAGCGCCAAGUCAAGCAAGACUCAUCGAAGGGCAAGAAGUCCCAGUCAACCACCACCUACGCCGGAAUGCAACCCAUCUACAAGCAGUACUAG